UUUUUUCUUUUUUUUUCCUUUCCACGUGGACGUGCCGCGCGCGCAACCGCAUUGCUCGUCGUCGUCUCGCGGAAGUGACGGCAAAGGCGGCGAUGGCGGCUCGCACGGUUUCAUUCCGGACUUCCACUGGACUACAAACCCGAUUUUAGCCGGUCCGCUUGGACUUUCGGGGAACUUCUUGCGGAMGCGGCUCGCCACGGGAAGCGUCGCGGGCCGACGGGACGUUGAGCCGGUGCCUGUCAGCGAACCUCCGCGCGGCUUUUCUGGUGGGGGUAUUUCUGUCCCGAGUUCAAGGUGGUCACCCUGCCUGUCGAGCUAGCGGUAGCUUCGCGGCUAUCGGCUAAAAGAGCUGCGCGUUGAGAUCCAAACAGCAGCAGACGUCGCACCUACACAAGGUUUCUCUUUGAUUUUGACAUACGUUCGUCGGCGUUCGUCACAAAACUUUCAUGUUWUGCUAACAGCGCCACGAGCUUGCACAGCUCGGCCUCCUGACUGUUGGAAUUGMUAGUUAUUUUUUUGGCGGCUGUGUAACUGAAAAGACGGGAUUUGGGCUGUCCAGGAGAAGCUCUGCUCUGCUGCCUGCUCUCAGCUGAGAACUGAACUUGUUGUGUGGGAGGAGGGUCUCCGGGUGCUCAUCAACAUGCUGAAGACCCGCCAGUGUCUGUUGGGCAUCCGCACCUUUCUCAACUUUACGUCCAGAAUAUGGAACUUCCUCAUGUACAUUCUCAGGAAGCACCUGCGGACGAUAAUCCAGUAUCAAACGGUGCGAUACGAUAUUCUGCCCCUGUCGCCCAUCUCCAGAAACAGACUCAAUGCAGUAAGGAGGAAGAUUCUGGUUCUGGAUCUGGAUGAAACCCUGAUCCACUCUCACCACGACGGGGUCAUGAGGCAGACAGUGAAACCUGGCACACCGCCAGACUUUAUCCUCAAAGUCGUCAUCGACAAGCAUCCAGUCAGAUUCUUUGUACAUAAAAGGCCACAUGUUGACUUCUUUUUAGAAGUGGUGAGCCARUGGUACGAGCUGGUGGUCUUCACAGCCAGUAUGGAGAUCUACGGCUCGGCGGUCGCAGACAAGCUGGACAACAACAGGAACAUCCUGAAACGCAGAUACUACAGACAGCAUUGCACAUUGGAUCUAGGUAGUUAUAUUAAAGACCUGUCUGUAGUACACGAUGACCUGUCCAGUAUUGUUAUCCUGGAUAAUUCGCCUGGUGCUUAUCGAAGCCAUCCAGACAAUGCAAUACCCAUCAAGUCCUGGUUCACUGACCCUAGUGACACAGCACUUCUUAACUUGCUGCCUAUGCUGGACGCACUAAGGUUCACCGCUGACGUCCGCUCCGUCCUCAGUCGAAACCUCCACCAGCACCGGCUCUGGUGAUCGGCCGAACAGAAGAGGUGUUGUUGAUCAGCCUCRUCCUCUCUCUGCUGCUGGUCCCCUCCCUGCCCUCCGCUCCCACCCAGGCGACCCGCCAGCCCUCUCUCAGACAUCUCUCUGGGAGACGAGGUUAGGGGCGAGCGCCUAACUGGGGAUGAACAGUACGGGAUCACCCCCGCGGAAAGGAAAAUAAAUAAACUACUGGGGAAAGGAGAGGGAGCCAGUUUUUUCCUCUUACCUUCUUCAAUCUUUUUYUUUUUUUUCCCCCAAAACAUAAAAAGGAGCCUCUCUGCCUUACAGCUCCUGAUACUGACUGGGUGAGUGGAGAAUUUUCAGAUUGAUUGGAGACGUUUUAAAGAAGAAGCAACAAAAACAAUAUUUUUUCCUGCUUUUUGAUCAUCAUUUCACUYCUGCUGCUGCUGAGAACUCAUCGAUCUGUCUCAUCCUCUGAGAGAACGAGUUAGGAAAAAAUAAACUUUUUACCCCCUUUUAUGUUCUAUUUUUAUAAUCCCUACACUGAAUGAUUUAUUCCUCAAGUACUUGUUUUUCUCCCCGAGAAUGGAUUUAUUUAAUUAAUSUUAUUGAUGAACUUUGCUUGCAACAAAACAUCGACAUAAUUUUUUUUCUCCAAGUCAAAAAAAAAAUCAAACUCCACCUUUUGUGAUAAGACCAAAAAAAAAAAAAAGAACAGCUCAACGAGAAGUGGACUGCCGUGCCGCUGUUUACAUAUCUGAUUGUUUAUCACAAUAUAUGAUGAAUUUUACAGUCAUGACUUUUUGCCCCUCUUUCCCCCCCCCCCCUUUUUUUUUGGUCAUUUGGUCUUGGUUUCAUCUAAAGGCUAUUGCACUUAAUUUCCUCCUGUUUUGUUGCAGAUUUUCUGUUCGACUCAAAUUUGCACCCCCCUCCCUUCUCCGUUACCACCUUUUUGAUUGUAUGGGUUCAGCUAUAACACCAUCCUCCCUCCCCCUCAACUCCACUCUUGGUCUUAAAAUGCCUUCUGAACAACAUUGGUCUCAUCAGAGCUCACAGCGGCUUCUUAUCGGCUCUGUCUCCAUGUCUGUGAUACUAAUAAAACACUUGUCAGUAUCAAAGUUA